AUGACUGACUUGGGCCUACUUCAUCAUUUUCUUGGCAUGGGAGUUAUUCAAUCUGAGUCUAGUAUAUUUCUACACCAAAAGAAGUAUGCUAGCACCUUAUUGAACAAAUUUGGUUUGAUUGAAUGCAAAUCUGUGUCAACACCUCUUGUUGCCACUGAGAAACUAGCUAAGGAUGAUGGAAGUGGAGCUGCAAAUGAAGAACACUACAGAAGCAUUGUUGGUAGUUUGCUGUACUUAACUGCUACAAGACCAGACAUCAUGUAUGCCUCAAGUCUGCUAGCUAGAUUCAUGCACUGUCCUACAAACAGGCAUUAUGGAACAGCUAAACGUGUCUUGAGAUAUGUGAAGGGAACUCUAGAUUAUGGCUUAGAGUAUGUGAAAGGCAGGAAGUCAAUUCUGAUCGGCUACUGUGACAGUGAUUGGGGAGGAUCAGUUGGUGAUUGCAAGAGCACAUCGGGGUAUGCUUUUACUUUUGGAAGUGGAGUGUUUUCUUGGGCCUCAGUGAAACAGAACUGUGUUGCACUGUCCACUGCAGAAGCUGAGUACAUCAGUGUAGCUGAAGCCACUACUCAGGCCAUUUGGCUUCGAUUUGUUCUAGAGGAUUUUGGAGAGCUUCAAACUGAAGCUACUCCAUUGCAUUGUGAUAACAUCUCAGCAAUAGCAAUCACUAAGAAUCCUGUAUUCCAUCAGAAGACAAAGCACAUUGACAGGAGAUACCAUUUCAUAAAGGAUGCUUUGCAAGAAGGAGUUAUUAAUCUGGAAUAUUGUCCCCACGAAUGA